UUCAUCGGGAUGCAUCUCAUCUCAUCUCAUCACCACCACCAAAACUUUGGAGGAAGGACGGAGAUACUCAUAGCACAAUCCUACCUGCCUUAAUUAGUGCCUUGCCGCUGAAAAAUAUUAAGAAUCGGAGAUGGGCACCAUCACGUGCGAGCUGGAAUCGUCGUACGCCGCCACCGCCGGUGCCGGUGCCGGCGCCGGCAAGGCCAAGCUUGACGGCAAGUUGGGCGUCCCGCGCGAGCAGCGCUGGUUCGCCUUCGCCGGCGACGGCAAGGGCAAGGGCAGGCGGCUUGGGGGCGGCGGUCGAGGCGCCUCUCCGGAUGGACCAUGGUACAGCGGCCGGUUUCUUCGCCGUAGAACCGGCGGCGGCAUGCAGGUCUUCGUGAGGACCCUGGCCGGGAGGAGCCUGGCCCUGGACGUGAGCCCGUCGGACACUGUCGACGCGGUGAAGGCCAGGGUCCAGGCGAGGGAGCGCGUCGCGCCGGCGGACCAGCGCCUCGUCUUCGCCGGGAGGGAACUCGGCGACGGCCGCCGCACCCUCGCCGAGUACGGCGUCGGGAAGGAGGCCAACCUGUUCCUCCACCGCCGCCUCCGCGGCGGCGCUGGAGGCGCCGACACCGGCGGGUCGCGCCGGGCGACGGCCGCCGGCGUCCUCGCUGCCGUGGUCGCGGUCGGCGCGGCGGUCGCCUACUUCCCGGUCCCAGCUGCUGCGGCAGCAGCAGGCACCGGCGGCCUGACCCUGUCCCUCGCCUUCCUCCUCCUCGCGUGGGCGCUCGCCAUGGCCGGAGUGAACCUGGUCACCGCCGGUGUCUUCCUGACCGAGACUCUCAACUGCACCGUGCACUCCGGCGGGUUCAGCAAGGCGUCCGCCUUUGUCCGUCGGAACCUCGCCGUGCUUGGGGUCGCGGCUGCCUCGUCGGCGGCGACAGGAGUCAUCCUCAGCGCUGGUGACCGGGCACUCUGCUUCGUUAGCUUUGUUCUGUUCCUGGUCACCAUGUUUCUAGUUACCAUCGGCGUAGCGAGCUGUGCUCGCUGA